AUGCUGGGAUGCUGGGAUGCUGGCUGCUGCAGCUGGAGCUGCACAGCCAGCGGGCCAGCGCAGGCACCGCAAACGUUAGCUCACCCGGGGGCCUUGUCGCUUUUCCCCAACUCCCCCAUUAGUCACGGGCUACUACCCCACCUUCCUGCUUUUCCCAACUUCAACCUCACUUCAUCUUCUUCUCUUCGUCCAUCUUCUCUUUUUCUCUUUUUCUCUUCUUCUUCUUGUCAAUUGAUUCUCUCUCUCUUAUAUAUAUAUCUACAUCUCUCCCUCUCCUCUCUCUCUCUCCAUCUCCCUCUCCUCUCUCUCCGGCGGACCUUCUCCCCUCCGCCGUCCACUCCCUCCCGACCAGGGUGCCCCCCCCACGACGAGGCCGUCGAGGACCACUCGCCCUCCAACUUCGAGCACUCCGUCCACCGCCGCCUGCGCGCCAAUUCCACCAUCAUCCAGUUCCACAAGAUCCUCGUUGCCAACCGCGGCGAGAUCCCCAUCCGCAUCUUCCGCACCGCCCACGAGCUGUCCCUGCAAACCGUCGCCGUCUACUCCUAUGAAGACCGCCUCAGCAUGCACCGCCAAAAGGCGGACGAGGCCUACAUGAUUGGCGCCCGCGGCCAGUACACCCCCGUUGGCGCCUACCUCGCCGGCGACGAGAUCAUCCGCAUUGCCGUCCAGCACGGCGUCCACCUCAUCCACCCCGGCUAUGGCUUCCUCUCCGAGAACGCCGACUUUGCCCGCAAGGUCGAGCGCGCCGGCAUGGUCUUUGUCGGUCCCACCCCCGAUACCAUCGACGCCCUGGGCGACAAGGUCUCCGCCCGCCGCCUCGCCAUCAAGUGCAACGUCCCCGUCGUCCCCGGCACCGAGGGCCCCGUCUCCCGCUACGACGAGGUCCGGGCCUUCACCGACCAGUACGGCUUCCCCAUCAUCAUCAAGGCCGCCUUUGGGGGCGGCGGCCGCGGCAUGCGCGUCGUCCGUGACCAGGAAUCCCUCCGCGACGCCUUUGAGCGCGCUACCUCCGAGGCCAAGGCCGCUUUUGGCAACGGGACCGUCUUCGUCGAGCGCUUCCUCGACAAGCCCAAGCACAUCGAGGUCCAGCUGCUGGGGGACAACCACGGCAACGUCGUCCACCUGUACGAGCGCGACUGCAGUGUCCAGCGCCGCCACCAAAAGGUCGUUGAGUUGGCCCCCGCCAAAGACCUGCCCGUCGACGUGCGCGACAGCAUCCUCACAGACGCCGUCCGCCUGGCCCGAUCGCCGCCGGCGCCAGCCUUUGAGCAGCUCGGCCUCACUCAGGAGCGCAUCUCCACCCGCGGCUUCGCCAUCCAGUGCCGCAUCAGCACCGAGGACCCCACCAAGGGCUUCCAGCCCGACACCGGCAAGAUCGAGGUCUACCGCUCCGCCGGCGGCAACGGCGUCCGUCUCGAUGGCGGUAACGGGUUUGCAGGCGCUAUCAUCACGCCGCACUACGACUCCAUGCUGGUCAAAUGCACGUGUCUGGGCUCGACCUACGAGAUCGCCCGCCGCAAGAUGCUCCGCGCCUUGGUGGAGUUCCGCGUCCGGGGCGUCAAGACCAACAUCCCCUUUUUGGCGUCUCUCCUGACCCACCCGACCUUCAUCCAGGGCACCUGCUGGACCACCUUCAUCGACGAUACCCCCGAGCUCUUCUCCCUCAUCGGCAGCCAGAACCGUGCUCAGAAACUGCUCGCCUACCUAGGCGAUGUGGCUGUCAACGGCAGCCGCAUCAAGGGCCAGAUCGGCGAACCCAAGUUCAAGGGCCCCAUCAGCAUGCCGACCAUUGUCGAUGCGCGCGGGACGCCCGUCGACGUCUCGGUGCCGUGCACCCGCGGAUGGAAGCAGAUCCUCGACGAGCAAGGGCCCGCAGGCUUCGCCAAGGCCGUGCGUGCCAACAAGGGCUGCUUGAUCAUGGAUACCACCUGGCGUGAUGCGCAUCAGUCGCUCCUGGCUACCCGGGUCCGGACAGUGGAUCUGGUCAACAUCGCCAAGGAGACGAGCUAUGCGUACAGCAACGCGUACAGUCUGGAAUGCUGGGGCGGUGCCACCUUUGACGUCGCCAUGCGAUUCCUGUACGAAGACCCGUGGGACCGACUCCGCAAGCUGCGCAAGGCCGUCCCGAACAUUCCCUUUCAGAUGCUGCUUCGUGGCGCCAAUGGUGUGGCCUACUCGUCCCUUCCCGAUAAUGCCAUCUACCACUUCUGCAAGCAAGCGAAGAAGUACGGUGUCGAUAUCUUCCGUGUCUUUGACGCCCUGAACGAUAUAAACCAGCUGGAAGUCGGCAUGAAGGCCGUUCACGCGGCGGGUGGUGUGGUUGAAGGCACACUCUGCUACAGCGGCGACAUGUUGAACCCCAACAAGAAGUACAAUCUCCAGUACUAUCUGGACCUCGUCGACAAGAUCGUCGCCCUCGGCACUCACGUUCUCGGAAUCAAGGACAUGGCCGGCGUGCUGAAGCCCCAGGCCGCCACCAUGCUCAUUGGAGCUAUUCGCGAAAAGUACCCGGAUCUUCCCAUUCAUGUCCACACCCACGACUCGGCGGGCACCGGUGUGGCCUCCAUGGCCGCUUGCGCCAAGGCAGGUGCGGACGCUGUCGACGCCGCUACUGACAGCAUGUCCGGCAUGACCUCACAGCCCAGCGUUGGUGCGAUCCUGGCUUCCCUGGAAGGCACCGAGUUUGACCCCAAACUUGAUAUCCGAAAUGUCCGUGCUAUCGACUCUUAUUGGGCGCAGCUGCGUCUCCUGUACUCGCCAUUCGAGGCUGGAUUGACCGGUCCCGAUCCCGAGGUGUACGAACACGAGAUUCCCGGCGGUCAGCUCACCAAUUUGAUCUUCCAGGCUCACCAGCUGGGCCUUGGGACCCAAUGGGCUGAAACCAAGAAGGCGUAUAAGCAAGCCAACGAUUUGUUAGGCGAUAUCGUCAAGGUCACUCCCACCUCGAAGGUUGUGGGUGACCUGGCCCAGUUCAUGGUCUCGAAUAAGCUGACGCCGGACGAUGUCAUUGCCCGGGCCGGUGAGCUCGAUUUCCCCGGGUCCGUUCUCGAAUUCCUCGAGGGCCUCAUGGGCCAGCCGUACGGGGGCUUCCCUGAGCCGCUUCGCUCCAAGGCUCUCCGUGACCGUCGCAAGUUAGACAGCCGCCCCGGCUUGCAUCUUGAACCUCUAGACUUGGCCAAGAUUAAGGCAGAUUUGAAGGAGAAAUACAGCACUGCGACCGAAUGCGACGUUGCCAGUUACGCCAUGUAUCCCAAGGUCUACGAAGACUACCGCAACUUUGUGGCCAAAUACGGCGAUCUCUCUGUUCUCCCCACCAAAUACUUCCUCUCCCGGCCCGAAAUCGGCGAAGAGUUCUCCGUUGAGCUCGAGCAGGGCAAGGUCCUGAUCCUGAAGUUAUUAGCGGUUGGACCACUUUCCGAGCAAACCGGCCAGCGUGAGGUCUUUUACGAGAUGAACGGUGAAGUUAGACAGGUGGCUGUGGACGAUAUUCUCGCUGCUGUCGACAACACGAGCCGACCAAAGGCCGACCCCAAUAAUAGCAGCCAAGUUGGCGCACCGAUGAGCGGUGUUGUAGUGGAGAUUCGGGUUCACGAUGGGUUGGAAGUGAAGAAGGGAGAUCCAAUUGCUGUUCUCAGUGCGAUGAAGAUGGAAAUGGUUAUUUCUGCACCCCAUCACGGCACCAUCUCUGGACUGCUUGUGAAGGAGGGAGAUUCUGUGGAUGGGCAGGAUCUUGUUUGCACCAUCCACAAGGUCUAA